AAAAUCUACCGACUCUUACAAGUUUCCCGCUAAAUUUUGGAUCCAUAUAUAUCUUUCCCGCCGAUUAUCUCUCUAAGAAACGAGGCACAAGCGCACAGCAAGAUUAGCUAAUAAGUCGUAACCAUCACUGUUAAGCUGAAAAUGACGAAAGAAGAAAUUGAGAAUGAUAGAGAUGAUAUGAUGAUUGACGAAAAGGAACAACAAGGAUUUCCGCUAAUGCAGUGCGCCCAAGAAGAAUUUGAUCCCGACCAGCUGAAUAUGUAUUAUGUGAAGCUUUUUCCUUAUGCUGAUAUCUAUAAAUGGAUGUCUUACGGAAAUGAUCGGAAGCAUCCAGCCUGUGACUUAUCUUACUUCGGACGAAGGGAAUUCUCAUUCAUCUUGGGGAAUGAUGUAUAUUUGCGUUAUCAAUCGUUUAACAAUGCUGCUCAGAUGGAAAACUCCAUCAAAAGCAAGUGCCCAUUUAAAAUUGAUAUCGGUGCUGUAUACAGUGUAGAUCCUGCUAAGCGUAAUGCGUAUGCUGGUGAGAAUGCAUUCACUCCGGUGGAGAAGGAGUUAGUUUUCGACAUUGAUAUGUCAGAUUAUGACGAUGUUCGAUAUUGCUGCUCGGGUGCUAAUAUUUGCAACAAGUGCUGGCCAUUAAUGACAAUUGCUAUUAAAGUGAUGGAUUCUGCACUCAGAGAGGAUUUUGGCUUUACUCACAUUCUUUGGGUAUAUAGUGGUCGGCGUGGUGUUCAUUGUUGGGUUUGCGAUGCACGAGCAAGAAGGUUAAACAAUGCACAGAGAGCAGCGAUUGCAGACUAUUUUCAUGUGUAUAAGGGAAAUGAAAAUAGCCGUAAGAAAGUUUUCUUAGGAGCCGCUCUUCAUCCUUCUUUGGUAAGGUCAUAUCAACAAGUACUGAGACCCUUCUUUGAAGAGGAAUUGCUUUGUGGACAAAGUCUACUUGAAACAGAGGAGAAAUUUGAGAAGAUUCUUGAAAUGAUUCCUGAUGAAUCUAUUACAGCUAAGCUUCGGGGUGAAUGGCUGGGGAACCAUCAGCGGUCCUCAAACUCCAAAGAAGAUAUUAAUCGCGUUCGGUGGGAGAAAUUAAAAAGUCAUCUGCAGUCAGGCAAGCAGAAGGGGCUUCGUAGGUGUGUCGAAGAAAUAGUUUUCUCUUAUACCUACCCAAGGCUUGACAUGGGGGUUACAAAACUUACAAAUCAUUUGCUGAAGGCACCAUUCUGCGUGCACCCCAAAACAGGACGUGUAUGUGUUCCAAUUGAUCCUGAAUGUUGCGAGAAAUUCGAUCCUAUGGCAGUACCUACACUUUCUUCGCUUAAAAAAGAACUGGACAAAGGAAAGCUUGAAAAUGGAGAAGGCAAAAAAUUAGAAACUGGCAGAACCUCGCUGGAUAAAUCACUCAAGGUUUUCAGAGAUUUCCUGGAGCCAUUAUUGAAAUCUUGCAAGGAAGAGAUGGAAAUAUCCUAUAACGCAAAACUUCAACAAUCAAAGAGCUCUUCUUUAACUUGGUAGUGUCUCGGACGAGGAUAUCAACAAAGCCGUCUUAUAGAGUAGGCCACCCAGGCCAUUGCCUACAGCCUUAAAUGUUGAGGCCAAAAAAACACAUUGGUAGCCAAUGUGUUUUUUUAGGCUUGGGCCAUGGGCCAGUAUGUCAAAAAUUAUCUGUAGUCGCGAAUUAUUUGGCUAUACAGCCUGAUCCGAUCUGAAUCAGACCGGGUUGGUAGCUGAUUCACUCAUUUCCUAUUUUACAAAAAUAGCUUCUAAAGGGAAUUCGACUGCAACAUUUUUCUUUUAAUUAAUUUAUUUAUUAAGGCGAA